AUGGCGUAAGCAGCAGUACGGCUUUGCUGUAUGCGGGGAAUAUAAAACUGAGUUUUUGUAUUCUAGUUCUGAAAAACUGAUGCCGAAGCUUGGAUGUGGUUCUCGCUAAGACUGUUUACUCCGCAAUGAUGUGUGCUGGAAAAGGAGAGGAGAUGUGGCUCCGCUGCGUCGUGCUGCUUUGUUUAUUGGAAUGGUGUACAGCGCAGAUAUCAUACUCCGUUUCCGAAGAGACCAACAAAGGGACCUUUGUGGGAAAUAUCGCAAAGGAUUUAAACGUUAACAUACAAGACCUUGAGUCGAGGGGACUAAGGAUUGUGUCGGGACACCUUACGAGGUAUUUAGAUGUUAAUUCCAAAACAGGAGUGCUCUUUGUAAAUGAGAGAAUAGACAGGGAGGAACUGUGUGGUAGUGCGUACAAGUGCUCUGUAAAUAUAGAGGCUAUACUGAGCGACCCUACUCAGCUCCAAAGAAUAGAAGUAAAUAUUUUAGACGUAAAUGAUAAUGCUCCGUCUUUCCAAGAUAUGUCUUAUAAAAUUAAUAUUACUGAGUUAGCAUACACCGGAGAAAGAUUUCCGUUACCGGUAGCGAUCGAUGCAGAUUCGAGCAGUAAUUCGGUAAAGAGCUACAAGCUAAGUCUAAAUGAACAUUUCUCUCUGGAUGUACAAACUGGAGGAGAGCAAAUUGUGUCCUCAGAGUUAGUGCUGCAGAAAGCUUUAGACCGAGAGAAACAGUCCGUGAUCCACCUCACACUGACUGCUGUAGAUGGGGGAAAACCUCCCAGAUCAGGUACGUCGAGUAUAGUGAUUAAUGUUGAAGAUGUAAAUGAUAACACUCCAGCAUUCAGCAAACCGCUUCAUAAAGUCCGCGUGGCUGAAAACUGUUCUGUGGGAACCACUAUAAUAAAACUGCUGGCUACAGACUCAGAUGAGGGAUUUAACGGCGAGAUAGUAUACUCCUUGACUGCGGGAAGUAGUUCAAAAGUUUUUGAUCUUUUCACCAUAGACCCAAUUAUUGGAGAAAUCACUAUUAAAGGUAAUUUGGAUCAUGAGGAAAAUGCCGCAUACGAAAUCCGCGCGCAGGCUAGAGACAAAGGCACACCCUCCCGUAGAGCACACUGUAAAGUGCUUGUUGAGGUUAUCGAUGUUAAUGAUAACGCACCCGAAAUCUCGGUGUCGUCUGUGACGAGUCCGCUAAAAGAGGACUCGGCUGUGGGAACAGUAGUGGCGUUGGUUACAGUGACGGAUAAAGACAGCGGGGAAAAUGGAAACGCUAAGGCGUAUCUUUCAGAUUCUGUGCCCUUUAAACUGAAACCGUCAUAUAAAAAUUACUAUUCCCUAGUUGUGGAUGGUCCCUUAGACAGAGAGAGCAGAUCGCACUAUAAUAUUACUGUCACAGCUACUGAUGAAGGGAGCCCGUCUCUCUCCAAUACCACUCUAAUUGCUGUGGACGUUUCAGAUGUGAAUGAUAACGCGCCGCACUUUCCAGAGUGCGCCGUUAAUGUAUAUGUGAACGAAAACAGUGAGAUCGGAGCUGUUAUUUAUACAGUAUCUGCAUUUGAUCCUGAUGUAGGUGAUAAUGCCAUGAUAUCAUAUUCUCUCCAAGAAAGUGCAAAAACCGGCCUGGUAACAACAUCCUUCGUAAGCAUAAACUCUGACAAUGGAGAUAUCCAUAGUUUACAAUCAUUCAACUAUGAGGAAAUGAAAUCAUUUCAGUUUAAAAUUCUGGCCACGGACUCUGGUGUUCCUCCACUGAGCAGUAACAUGACUGUAAACGUUUUUAUAGUGGAUAAGAAUGACAACAUUCCAAUGAUUCUCGCGCCCUAUUCGGAACACGGCUCCGUUAACACCGAGAACAUUCCUUUCUCUGCUGACGCAGGAUACUUCGUGGCCAAGAUCAGAGCUGUAGACGCCGAUUCUGGAUAUAAUGCGCUUCUUUCUUAUCACAUGUCUGAACCUAAAGGAAACAACCUCUUCCGAAUCGGAACCAGCAGUGGGGAGAUCAGGACUAAGAGGAGAAUGAGUGACAAUGACCUGAAAACACACCCCCUGGUCAUUAUGGUUUCUGAUAACGGAGAGCCCUCACUGUCCGCGACUGUGUCUAUUGAUGUCGCGGUUGCUGAAAGCGGGAGUGACAUCGAAACAAAAUUAAGACACGUGCCAUUGAAGGAGGAGAGUUUCUCGGAUUUAAAUCUGUAUUUGCUGAUCGCCAUUGUGUCGGUGUCAGUGAUCUUUUUACUGAGCCUCAUCAGUUUGAUAGCUGUGAAAUGCUACAGGACAGACGGCAGUUUCAGCAGGUACAGCGCCCCAGUGAUCACCACCCACCCUGACGGGAGCUGGUCUUACUCCAAAUCUACUCAGCAGUAUGACGUGUGUUUUAGCUCCGACACACUGAAGAGUGACGUAGUAGUUUUCCCUGCUCCGUUUCCGCCUGCAGAUGCGGAACUGAUCAGUAUUAAUGGAGGGGACACUUUUAAUAGAACACAAACACUCCCUAAUAAAGAGAAGGUAAGAAAUAUAUUUUGGUUUACAGCGGUUGCUUUUAGGGCCGCGACUGUUUACUCCGCAAUGAUGUGUGCUGGAAAAGGAGAGGAGAUGUGGCUCCGCUGCGUCGUGCUGCUUUGUUUAUUGGAAUGGUGUGCAGCGCAGAUAUCAUACUCCGUUUCCGAAGAGACCAACAAAGGGACCUUUGUGGGAAAUAUCGCAAAGGAUUUAAACGUUAACAUACAAGACCUUGAGUCGAGGGGACUAAGGAUUGUGUCGGGACACCAUACGAGGUAUUUAGAUGUUAAUUCCAAAACGGGAGUGCUCUUUGUAAAUGAGAGAAUAGACAGGGAGGAACUGUGUGGUAGUGCAGACAAGUGCUCUGUAAAUAUAGAGGCUAUACUGAGCGACCCUACUCAGCUCCAAAGAAUAGAAGUAAAUAUUUUAGACGUAAAUGAUAAUGCUCCGUCUUUCCAAGAAAUAUCGUAUACAAUUAACAUUACUGAGUCAGCAUACACCGGAGAAAGAUUUCCGUUACCGGUAGCAAUCGAUGCCGAUUCAAGCAGUAAUUCGGUAAAGAGCUACAAGCUAAGUCUAAAUGAACAUUUCUCUCUGGAUGUACAAACUGGAGGAGAGCAAAUUGUGUCCUCAGAGUUAGUGCUGCAGAAAGCUUUAGACCGAGAGAAACAGUCCGUGAUCCACCUCACACUGACUGUUGUAGAUGGGGGAAAACCUCCCAGAUCAGGUACGUCGAGUAUAGUGAUUAAUGUUGAAGAUGUAAAUGAUAACACUCCAGCAUUCAGCAAACCGCUUCAUAAAGUCCGCGUGGCUGAAAACUGUUCUGUGGGAACCACUAUAAUAAAACUGCUGGCUACAGACUCAGAUGAGGGAUUUAACGGCGAGAUAGUAUACUCCUUGACUGCGGGAAGUAGUUCAAAAGUUUUUGAUCUUUUCACCAUAGACCCAAUUAUUGGAGAAAUCACUAUUAAAGGUAAUUUGGAUCAUGAGGAAAAUGCCGCAUACGAAAUCCGCGCGCAGGCUAGAGACAAAGGCACACCCUCCCGUAGAGCACACUGUAAAGUGCUUGUUGAGGUUAUCGAUGUUAAUGAUAACGCACCCGAAAUCUCGGUGUCGUCUGUGACGAGUCCGCUAAAAGAGGACUCGGCUGUGGGAACAGUAGUGGCGUUGGUUACAGUGACGGAUAAAGACAGCGGGGAAAAUGGAAACGCUAAGGCGUAUCUUUCAGAUUCUGUGCCCUUUAAACUGAAACCGUCAUAUAAAAAUUACUAUUCCCUAGUUGUGGAUGGUCCCUUAGACAGAGAGAGCAGAUCGCACUAUAAUAUUACUGUCACAGCUACUGAUGAAGGGAGCCCGUCUCUCUCCAAUACCACUCUAAUUGCUGUGGACGUUUCAGAUGUGAAUGAUAACGCGCCGCACUUUCCAGAGUGCGCCGUUAAUGUAUAUGUGAACGAAAACAGUGAGAUCGGAGCUGUUAUUUAUACAGUAUCUGCAUUUGAUCCUGAUGUAGGUGAUAAUGCCAUGAUAUCAUAUUCUCUCCAAGAAAGUGCAAAAACCGGCCUGGUAACAACAUCCUUCGUAAGCAUAAACUCUGACAAUGGAGAUAUCCAUAGUUUACAAUCAUUCAACUAUGAGGAAAUGAAAUCAUUUCAGUUUAAAAUUCUGGCCACGGACUCUGGUGUUCCUCCACUGAGCAGUAACAUGACUGUAAACGUUUUUAUAGUGGAUAAGAAUGACACAUUCCAAUGA